CUCUGAAUGGCGUCUUAAAUGAAUCACUCUCGCAAUACACCACGGCCGAUAAGGAACUCUGAUACGGCCGUCUUUUCCGAAAAAGAAGCCGACUCACAAAUUUUUCCAUGUUUACCUUAUCCAGCUAUCGUUUGACUCACCACAUCCUUUGUCUCUUCAGACGUCCUCUCUCAAUGGCUGCUUCCAUCAACGGAACCAAAAACAGAGACAACCUCAUUCCUUUUGCUUCGAGACUCAGAGACGGUCGGGCGCUUGCUGAGGAUGUCUGGUCUAUCUUCAACGCAGCAAACCUUCCAGCGGACUGCAUUAAUCUUGGACAGGGAUACAUGAACUUUCCUCCCCCAAAUUGGGUCAGGGAAGCAGCCCAAGAAUCUCUUUCGCGGGUAGAGACAAACCACUAUUCCCAUCCCAAGGGACGCCCACGUCUUCGCAAGGCAAUCCAGAGCUUCUACAGUCCCCAGUUCGGUCGGGAGCUCGACAUAGAGAAAGAGAUUCUCGUCACUAGUGGAGCGAAUGAAGGACAGUAUAGUGUUUUCACCGCAUUCCUCGAGAAGGGCGACGAGGUCAUCAUGUUUGAACCCUUUUUUGACCAGUACCUUCCGUCUGUCAUCUUCAACGGCGGCGUUCCCGUCUAUGUCCCACUACAUCCGCCCAAAGCGGAGGGAAAGUCAACGAGUAACGAUUGGUCCCUUGAUUUUGACGAGCUGAGACGAGCGAUAACACCAAAAACAAAGAUCAUCAUCCUCAAUACCCCCCAUAAUCCCGUGGGUAAGGUCUUUACGCGUGUUGAACUCGAGGGCAUCGCCAGCCUAGCAGAGGAGUUUAAUCUGCUUGUAAUGUCGGACGAAGUGUAUGACGGUUUGGUUUUCGAUGGCAACGAGCAUGUCCGAAUAGCGACUCUUCCGGGAAUGUGGGAUCGUACCGUGACUGUUGGCUCUGCAGGAAAGGCAUUCGCAGCAACCGGCUGGCGCGUAGGCUGGCUUAUCGGACCGGAAUCCAUCAUCCGCCCCACGCUCGCAGCGACGACCCGCAUCGUAUUUUGCACCAACUCUCCCCUCCAGGAAGCCGCAGCUGUAGGGCUCGAACUAGCUCCCAAAUACAACUUCUUUCAGAUCCAAAGGGAUGAGUAUGCGGAGCGUAGGAAGGUGCUUACGGACUGCUUUGACAGUCUUGGGUUAAAUUAUACUUUCCCCGAGGGAGGAUACUUUGCGUUGUUGGACAUAUCGAACGUUAAAUUUCCUGAUGAUUAUCCUUUCCCGAAGAGUGUCCAAGGAAGGGGAAGGGAUUUCAAGGCUAGCUGGUUCCUCGCACUUGAACUUGGCGUUUCAUCGAUUCCUGUCAGCGAGUUUUACUGCGAAGAGCAUGCCGGCAUUGGUGAAGCCUUCCUCCGCUUUGCAUUCUGUAAAGACGUAGACACACUGCACAGAGCAGUUGAGAGGUUACAGGGUAUAAAGAAGUAUCUACAAUAGCCAAUGCGUUCAGUCGGAAAUAAACUUUAGACUUUUGAUCUA